GCCCAUUUCCAAGAUGGCGCCUACGGCCAUGCUGGGAAUACAGUGUGAAGCUGCAGUUCUGCCAUUACUCAAGAUGGCUGCCCCCAUCAAGAUGACCGGGUGUGCCUAGGGGAAAGAGGCUGCAGGAUGGUCUGAGAUGGUCUAGCAUUGAACCAUAUGGAAGUUUCUGAACCUGGGGAGCCCGAUGAUGGGGGGUGGAGCCCGUGAGGGAUAGAGGGAGCAAUAGAUUUUUUCCCCAGGCUAACCCCAACCCCUCCCUGUCCUCUGGACUAAAAUGGGGAACACCCUGGGCCUGGCACCGAUGGGGACUUUACCCCGCCGGAGCCACCGUCGGGAGGAACCGCUGCCCAACCCCGGGAGCUUCGACGAGCUGCACCGGUUGUGCAAAGAUGUAUUCCCAGCACAGAUGGAAGGCGUGAAGCUCGUUGUCAACAAGGUUCUGAGCAGCCAUUUCCAGGUGGCUCAUACUGUGCACAUGAGUGCCCUGGGCUUGCCAGGGUACCACCUCCAUACCGCCUAUGCAGGGGACUGGCAGCUUAGCCCCACAGAGGUGUUCCCCACUGUGGUGGGGGAUAUGGACAGCAGUGGCAGUCUCAACGCCCAGGUCUUGCUUCUGUUGGCAGAACGGCUUCGAGCUAAGGCUGUCUUCCAGACACAGCAGGCCAAGUUCCUGACAUGGCAGUUUGAUGGCGAGUAUCGGGGAGAUGACUACACAGCCACUCUGACCCUGGGAAAUCCGGAUCUGAUUGGGGAAUCAGUGAUCAUGGUUGCUCACUUCCUGCAGAGCAUCACCCAUCGGCUUGUGCUAGGAGGAGAGUUGGUUUAUCACCGGCGGCCAGGAGAAGAGGGGGCCAUCUUGACUCUGGCUGGGAAGUACUCAGCUGUCCACUGGGUAGCUACGUUGAAUGUUGGGUCAGGUGGGGCCCAUGCAAGUUAUUACCACAAGGCCAAUGAGCAGGUUCAGGUUGGAGUAGAGUUUGAGGCAAAUACAAGGCUACAAGAUACGACCUUCUCCUUUGGUUACCACCUGACUCUGCCCCAGGCCGAUAUGGUGUUUAGAGGCUUGGUGGAUAGUAACUGGUGUGUUGGUGCGGUGCUGGAGAAGAAGAUGCGUCCCCUGCCUGUCACCCUAGCCCUUGGAGCCUUCCUCAAUCACUGGCGAAACAGAUUCCACUGCGGCUUCAGCAUCACUGUGGGCUGAGGUUGUCCUGGGAGCAGCCUCUGCAGCAGCUGGAACCUUUGAAGCUGAUGCCCUAGGGCCAGAGACUAACUAGAUCCCUCUCCAGAGCCUACCUUGCCGGAUGACUCCUAGGUCCCAUGGGCAGAGUUGGGGGGACAGGACGAUGUCCUCCUCAGAACCAGAACUGCCACAGAGUCAUUUUUUUUCCAGUUAGGCAGCGGGUUGAGGUUUCCAAUACUGCCAUCAGCCCCACUAUAAUCUCCCAUUAAGCUCUAUGGCUCUGGAGUAAAGGAUAGGGACUAUGGGAUGUGUCUGGCUUCCCUCACCCUACUUUUUUCGUUAUUUUUGUUUGAUUGAGAUAUUACUACUCCUUCAAAGCAGAGAAAUCUGCGUGAAAAGAGGGAGGAAAAAAAAAAAGCCUCCUAUCCCACUUUUGCUGGUUUCUCCAUUCCUCAGUCUUCCACUCCUUCCCUUGGGAAAGGAGGAUUAAAGAGCUAAAUCUCUGGCCACAGAAAGACCAAAGAAUGGGCCCACCCAUUCCCAGAAGGAACUCCAUUCACCUCCUAGCCCUGAGGCUUCCAUCUUUCCCCUCUCCUGUGUUUCCAGAGAACAACUUUGGCCCUAUGGUCGCCCACCUCCUCUCUCUCUGUUCCCCACCCACUCCACACCCCACUGAUGAGCGCACGAAGAGACAGUGACUGUUCAGCGUUUCAUUGCCAUUCCAGAGCUCCUUUCUGCUGGUUCCCGUGUGGGGUCCAGUGCUUUACCCUUUCCAGUCCAGGGUAUCCCAGGGGUUGUGGGAAGGAUGCAAGCCUGGGCCUCAGCUGCAAAUCUCCCCGAGCAGUGGCAUCAUAGCAGACAGUUCCUGGAAGCGCUGAAGUUCAUAGGAGUAUGCAUUGUUUAUACUCCGGAGCUCAGCCAGCAGGCCCAUCAGCUUUGCAUACAGAAACCUUUGGAGGAAGGAGCAGGGUUACCAGGGAAAUAAGGCAGCUGGGAGUCCUGUCCUGAGGUUCCCAUCCCCUGAACCACUCCUCAGAGAGGCUAAGUCUGAACAUCAGAUGCUCUGGAGCUACAUUUUGAAAAAUCUCAGAAGUCCCCAGGAAGGGCCUCUAUCAGCACCGUGUUCCUUCUUUAUGCCUGGUUUUUCCUGAACCCAGGGCUGUGCGGUCACGUGUAAGGGAAGUUCUUGGCCAAAACUUCAACUGUAUAGAAUCUGAAGGUGGAGCCUUCUAGAUCCAGUUCUAGGAGGUGGUUGUGUUAUUCUAUGGUAUAAAGCAUCCUCCUCGUAGCAAAUGGAUUCAUUAGAGAAUGAGCAGAGCGAAGGCGGCAUAGACUUCUGAGCCUGCAUGGUUGUACUAGGCUUUGUCCGUGAAGUGAAGGAGCCUCAUUUCAAGGGGACCUAAAACUUCAAGGAAUUGACCCAAAGGAGAGGAGCGGGGCCAAAAGAAUGAAGACUUUGAAAUUCUGACUUUAGUUUGGAAAAAUCAGAGAGGUGAGGUAAGAGAUGUCACCAAUCUCAGGAACGCUGUUACACACACAGGCCAUGAGCUACGGCUUUGCAUCUCUACUGACUGAAAACAACAACAAAAGCCAACAACUUGGAAAAGUGAGACAAAAGAGCAGUCCGAGCAAUCUGGAUACUGUGAGCAAUGGACGGGGUUGCCUGAGGGAAGGCCUAGAUUCCUAAGUACCUGGUUUCCCAAAGGAAACAACAGUAAAUUGCAUCCAUCCG